ACCCAUUGGUCAAUAGAGGGCGUUCAUCAUGUAAAUAAUAAGGCGCUUCACACGAAAUUCAACAACAAGGACAUCAUUUGGUCAUCAUUUUGGGGGAUUUUUUAAGUUGAGCAGUGGCAAAAUAAGAGCUGGAGGUCGUCUAUUUUUAUCAGGAUAGGCUAGCAUUGAAUGAAAGGGUCAUACAUAGUUGUGCACUACACCGUCAACAAGCAUCCGCAAUGCGUCUCAAGUACCUUGGAUUGAUUAUUGUACAUUUAGUCAUUUCUACCAGAGCAGAAGUUAAAGUUGACCUUGGCGGACUUUGGGCACUUACAAAUGCAAAUAGAAGUAUUUCAAUACCGGCCACUGUACCUGGCGGUGUCUACACAGCCUUGCAGUCAGCGGGUAUAAUUAACGACCCCUAUACAGAGUACAAUGAUGUCUUGUACCGCUGGGUGGCCUACGACAAUUGGAUUUACACUCGCACAUUCAGCGUAACGUCAAAGCAGCUCACUCCAAAGAAUGUCCGUCUCAUCUGUGAGGGCCUGGACACCAUCUCUCUUAUCACAGUCAAUGGCAAGACGAUUGGCAGAUCCAAGAACAUGUUCAUCCGCUACGAGUUUGACUUGAAGGGUGUGCUCAAGGAAGGAAACAACACAAUAUCCAUCGCCUUCCAAUCUGCAAUCACCUACGCUCUCGACAAAUGGAAAGCCCACAAAGCGUACGACAUUCCCCCCGACUGCCCGCCAGAUGUCCAGCAUGGCAUUUGCCAUCCAAAUUUCAUCCGUAAGGAGCAGUCGUCCUUUGCAUGGGACUGGGGGCCUGGGUUUGCUUCUCAGGGUAUUUGGAAAGAUAUCCGUAUCGAAACAUUUGACUGUGCAGUCAUCAGAGACGUUGUUGCCACAGCAAUUCCUUUCACUGAUUUACAUUUGACGCCCUGGUCUAUCAAAGUGACAGCCUUCUUUGAGCUUGGCGCUUCCGUCUCUUGUCCAGGAAUCUUACAGGCUGUCUUCAAAGUCUUGAAUGUCAGCCAUUCUGAAACGGUCAAGCUGACCAAACAGAAUACCAACUUCUCCAUGAAGUUUCAAGUUCCAAAGGCAAAGACAUGGUGGCCUGCUGGCUUUGGGGAUCAGCAGCUUUAUCAACUGCAAGUCUCGUUGUCUAAUGGAGGUAGAUCAUCUAAUGAUCAAGACUCGUCGAUCAAAUCACUGCUGUUUGGGUUCCGCCGUGUAGAACUUGUUGAGAAGAGUGUAACUGAUAUUAAAAAUGAGACUGCAGGUCUGUCGUUCUUCUUCAACAUCAACAAUCAACGCACUUUCAUCAAAGGGGCCAACUGGAUCCCCGCAGAUGCAUUCCAGGAGCGCGUGUCUCGCCCGCGGCUGGAGCGUCUUCUACAGUCUCUUGUAGACGCUAACAUGCACGCCACCAGGGUGUGGGGAGGCGGUGUGUACGAGCAGGACGCCUUCUAUGAAAUCUGCGAUGCGCUGGGUAUCGUGGUGUGGCAGGACUUCAUGUUUGCCUGCGCUAUGUAUCCGGUGGAUGAAGAGUUUCUUAGCAGUGUGAAGUCGGAGGUCAUUCAGCAGACAAGACGUCUUGCGAGUCAUCCUUCCAUUAUUGCAUGGAGCGCUAAUAAUGAAAACGAAGUCGCCCUCAGACAAAACUGGUAUGGGACAGCCAAUAAUUUCUCGCUGUACCAGAAAGAUUUUGUCACCCUGUACAUCAACACAAUCUUGGACGCUGUGAGAGAGAACUCUAAGUUGCCCGCUGUCAGUUCCAGUCCAUCCAACGGGCCUGAGAGUGAAGCCGAAGGAUGGGUCGCCCAGGACCCUACCGACCCUCAUUAUGGUGACGUGCACUACUACAAUUACAACGAUGACUGUUGGAAUACGUCAAUAUAUCCCAAGCCGAGGUUCGCAUCGGAGUACGGCUUUCAAUCAUGGCCCUCGCUUGAAACGCUGAGGCAAGUUUCCAAGGCAGGUGAUUGGUCGAUGGAUAGUAACUUCAGCAUGCAUCGACAGCAUCAUCAAAAUGGUAACAAGCAGAUGAUGGAUCAGAUCACCCGGCACUUUGUCGACUCUACAUCCCGUAAUACAACCCAACGUUUUAUGGACAGAAUUUACCUAACUCAGAUAUCACAAGCUCUCUGCUACAAGUAUGAGACGGAGCACUAUCGCCGACUCCAGACCACCCUAGUAGACGGUGAGGGUAUGACAAUGGGGGCGGUAUACUGGCAGCUCAACGACAUCUGGCAGGCACCAUCUUGGGCGUCCAUUGAAUAUCAAGGCAAAUGGAAAAUGCUUCACUACUACGCCAAAGAUUUCUUUGCUCCACUUCUAGCGUCCGGCGUAGAAGAUAACGGUGUUCUGUCCGUCUAUGUGAUCACCGACGUACACCCGAUCUUGAAUGGCACUUUGAACAUCUCUGUGUGGUCAUGGGCUAGCCAGACUCCGCUGAAAUCAUGGCAGUUUCCUUUUAAGCAGCAUGUCCGGCAAAGUGCAGUGGCAUAUUAUGUUCGCAAGACGGCAGACAUCUUGUCGGAAGCUAACUGCCCCAAGAGAGAGGCGUGCUUCUUGACGUUCCAAGUCACUGGCAUCACACCAUCUUUAACGUCGCCGUUAAACCCUUACUUCUUAACAUCAUUCAUCAAGGCUGUGGGACUGAAACAACCAAAAAUUGCUCAUUCCGUCUUGCAAAUUGAAGGAGACACUUUCUCAAUCCAGCUGAGUAGCCCAGCCAUUGCUCCCUUCGUCUGGCUGGAAGCUCCUGGACUCCAGGGUCGCUUCUCGGACAAUGGUUUUCUGAUGGUAGAGGGGUUGCACACAGUGGAAUUCUACGCAUGGACGUCAACGACUUUGGAAGAACUUAAGCAGUCCCUAACUGUGAAGUCGCUCUUAGAUAUUUAUAACGACGAAGAAUAAUUAUAAUAAGAUCAUAAAUUUUGCUUUUAAAGCGCAUGGCUCAAAUUAUAGGGAGGCCACGAAGGCCAUGGGCAAUGUUGCCCUGGUCUUUGCCUUGGUGUCCUUUCAAUCGUUUCCCAUGUCAUAAAUUAUGCUUAUAAAACGCAUACCUAAAAUUGUAUGGAGGCCACAAAGGUCCCUGUUGCCCUGGUCUUGGCAUUAGUGCCCUUUCAAUCGUUUCCCAUAGGCCCUAAGAUUUUCCCAAUGGAAGUGCCCCCAGCAAAAUGAAAAUGGUCUUGCCCUCUCAACGACUCCCGUUGACCGUAAGUUGUAGCCCUCACCACGUUCAACCUUGAGAUGUCGGGCGAUAUCUCAUUAAAAAAUGUUUUAUUGGAUAUUGGAGCGAGGUUUGCCGUACGGUGGUUUAACCACCAUGUAUGGACAAACAUUGUACUCAGUGUUUUGUUUUAAUAGUUUUUGCUUUCUAUUUCACUUCAAAAGUGUGUUUAAUUUUUUUUUGAAAAAAGAAAAAAACCUAAUAAAUAUAAAUUAUGUAAUCUUUGUCUAUCAAGUCUAUAUCAUGUGCAAACGUUUUUGUUUUUGUCAUUUUAUAAAAUUUUCUUUGAAAAAGUGUUAAUUCAUAAAAUAAUCA